AUGGACUGUGGACACUUAGCAGAGAGCAGCGAGGAGAUCUCCAGCCCGGGGGCAGAGCCCGAUUCCUCUGCCGGCAGCAGCACUUGCUGCCCGCCGCUGGCGGCCGGUGCCGCUCCCGGUGCCGCUCCCGGUGCCGCUCCCGGUGCCGCUCCCGGUGCCGCUCCGGGCCGCCCCGCCGCCGCCAACGCGGCCCGGGAGCGCAGCCGGGUGCAGACCCUGCGGCACGCCUUCCUCCAGCUGCAGAAAACCCUGCCCUCCGUGCCGCCCGACACCAAGCUCUCCAAGCUGGAUGUGCUCCUCCUGGCCACCACCUACAUCGCGCACCUCACCCGCAGCCUUCAGGAUGAGGAGGAGUCACCGGGAGAGGCCUUGGGCACCCUGCGCGGGGAUGGGUACCUGCACCCUGUCAAGAAGUGGCCCAUGCGUUCCAGGCUGUACAUUGGAGCCACAGGACAGUUUCUGACUCACUCGGCACAAGGAGACAGCGCAAACCAUGGGGAAACAUCAACAUCUUCACAGAUCUAACCUCCCUUGAAAAAAAAAAAGGUUAUUUAUUACACCUUAUAUAAAUAUAUAUUUAAGUUUAAAAAACAGUAUCUACAGACAAACUGUAAUUUCUGAAAUGCUGUUUGUAG